AUGGGCGAGUUAGUUCUGCUGGAGCCCGGGCGUAAGGUGAACGAAUGGGUGAUCGAGAAGAAGCUGGGCGAGGGCGCCUUCGGUGCCGUCUACCGCUGCAACAAUGGAAAGGGCGACUUGUUUGCCCUUAAGGUCGAAGGCAAGAACGAGGCGAUCCAGCUGCUCAAGCUCGAGGUGUACGUGCUCAACGACUUGGGCAAGGCCGGCGGCCGACAUUUCUGCAAAAUUGAGGACAAGGACAUUCGCGAGAUUGGUGACGCGAAGCGCGGCGUGCGGAUGAGCGAGCUGGGCCUGAAGCAGCUGUUCGGCGGCUGCCCGCGCGAGUACAUUGAUGUCUUGAGGGUGAUCGACGGGGCGAAAUUCUUCGACGAGCCCGACUACGCCAAGAUGUACAACCUGCUGCGUCAGGGGAUGCGCAGCACCAACGCUAGGGAAUACCCGUACGACUGGGAGGAGUUCCUGAUGCGCCAAAUGGAGGAGGAGAAGAAAAAGAAGGAGAAAGGCGAAGGGUCGGCCAAGGCGCCCAAGAAGGAGAAGAACGAGGAGGACAAGCAAGCCGCCGAGGCGAAGAAGCAGGCCAUCCUCGACCAGCAGGAGGAGGACAAGAAGAACAAGGACAAGAAGAAGGACGACAAGAAAGACGACAAAAAGGACGAGAAAAAAGACGAGAAAAAGGAGGACAAGAAGGAUGAGAAGAAGGAGGACAAGAAA